GCCAGUGGGACCAGAGGGUGGCUCGGCAGGCAGGCGGCAGCAGUGCCCUCGGUUCUUCAGCAUGGCCCCCUCGGCCUGGGCCUUCUGCUGGCUGCUGGGGGGUCUCCUGCCCCAUGGGGGUAGCUCCAGCCCCAGCCUGGGCCUCAGCGUGCCCCGCCUGCGGCUCUCCUACGAAGACCUCCUUUCUGCCAACCGUUCUGCCGUCUUUCUGGGCCCCCGGGGCUCCCUGAACCUCCAGGCCAUGUACCUAGAUGAGUACCGGGAACGCCUCUUUCUGGGGGGCCUGGACGCCGUCUACUCUCUGCGGCUGAACCAGGCAUGGCCAGACCCCCAGGAGGUCCUGUGGCCACCGCAGCCAGGACAGAGGGAGGAGUGUGCUCGCAGUGGAAAAGAUCCCCUGACAGAGUGUGCCAACUUCGUGCGGGUGCUGCAGCCUCACAACCGGACCCACCUGCUGGCCUGUGGCACCGGAGCCUUCCAGCCCGUCUGCACCCUCAUCUCAGUGGGUUACCGUGGGGAGCAUGUGCUCCACCUAGAGCCGGGCAGUGUGGAAAGUGGCCGGGGCCGAUGCCCUUACGACCCCAACCAUCCCUUCGCCAGCACCUUCGUAGGCAGGGAGCAGUACACGGGUCUCACCGUUGACUUCCUGGGGCAAGAGCCCACGAUCUUCCGAAGUGGCGGUCCUCGGCCGGCCCUGAGUUCCAACCCUGACCAGAGCCUCUUGCACGAUCCCCGGUUUGUGAUGGCUGCCCGGAUCCCUGAGAACUCUGACCACGACAAUGACAAGGUGUACUUCUUCUUCACGGAGACUGUCCCCUCGCUCGAUGGUGACUCAAGCCACGUCACUGUGAGCCGCGUGGGCCGCGUCUGCGUGAAUGACGUCGGGGGCCAGCGGGUGCUGGUGAACAGAUGGAGCACUUUCCUGAAGGCCAGGCUGGUCUGCUCGGUGCCUGGCCCUGGCAGUGCCGAGACCCACUUUGACCAGCUGGAGGACGUGUUCCUGCUGUGGCCCAAGCCUGGGAAGAGCCUCGAGGUGUAUGCGCUGUUCAGCACCAUCAGUGCCGUGUUCCAGGGCUUCGCCAUCUGUGUGUACCACAUGGCAGACAUCUGGGAGGUCUUCAACGGGCCCUUUGCCCACCAAGAUGGACCUCAAUACCAGUGGAGGCCCUAUGAGGGCAAGGUGCCCUUUCCCCGCCCCGGCGUGUGCCCCAGCAAGAUGACCUCGCGACCAGGACGGUCUUUUGGCAGCACCAGGGACUACCCGGAUGAGGUGCUGCGGUUCACCCGGGCCCACCCCGUCAUGUUCCGGCCUGUGCGGCCUCGGCUUGGCCGCCCUGUCCUUGUCAAGACCCACCUGGCCCAGAAGCUGCAUCAGAUUGCGGUGGACCGCGUGGAGGCAGAGGAUGGAAGCUAUGAUGUCAUCUUCCUGGGGACUGACUCAGGCUCCGUGCUCAAAGUCAUUGCCCUCCAGGAAGGGGCCUCAGCUAAACCUGAGGAGGUGGUUCUGGAGGAGCUCCAGGUGUUUAAGGUGCCAACACCCAUCACUGAAAUGGAGAUCUCUGUCAAAAGGCAAAUGCUCUACUGUGGUUCUCGGCUGGGCGUGGCCCAGCUGCGGCUGCACCAGUGUGAGACUUAUGGCACUGCCUGUGUGGAGUGCUGCCUGGCCCGGGACCCAUAUUGUGCCUGGGACGGUGCCUCCUGUACCCACUACCACCCUAACCUUGGCAAGCGCCGGUCCCGCCGCCAGGACAUCCGACACGGUAACCCUGCCCUGCAGUGCCUGGACCAGAGCCAGGAAGAGGAGGCGGUGGGACUUGUGGCAGCCACCACGGUCUACGGCACGGAGCACAACAGCACCUUCCUGGAGUGCUUGCCCAAGUUUCCCCAGGCUGCUGUGCGCUGGCUCUUGCAGAGGCCGGGGGAUGAGGGGCCUGACCAGGUAAAGACGGAUGAGCGAGUCUUGCACACGGAGCGGGGGCUGCUGUUCCGCAGGCUCAGCCGUUUCGAUACGGGCAUCUACACCUGCACCAGUCUGGAGCAUGGCUUCUCCCAGACUGUGGUCCGCCUGGCUCUGGUGGUGAUUGUGGCCUCACAGCUAGACAGCCUAUUCCCUCCGGAGCCAAGGCCAGAGGAGCCCCCAGCCCGUGGAGGCCUGGCCUCUGCCCCACCCAAGGCCUGGUACAAGGACAUCCUGCAGCUCACCAGCUUCGCCAACCUGCCCCAGGUGGAUGAGUACUGUGGGCGUGUGUGGUGCAGGGGCACUGUGGAAUGCUCGGGGUCCUUCCGGAGCCGGAGCCAGGGCAAGCAGGCCAAGGGCAAGAGCUGGGCAAAGCUGGAGCUGGGCAAGAGGUUGAAGAGCCGGGUGCAGGCUGAGCACAAUCGGACGCCCCGGGAGGUGGAGGCCACGUAGAAGAGGGCAGAGGACGGGUGGUCAGGAUGGACUGGGGGGGCCCCUAGCAGCCCCCAGUAUCUCCCACCCACCCAGCUAGGGCAGAGGGGGUCAGGACGUCUGUUUGCCUCUUAGAGAUGGGUGUCUCUGUCCCCACAGUGCUACUGGGUCACCUACAGAGAAGACUAGGGCCUGAUGGAGGGGCCGAGGCCGGGUCCCUGUCCCUCCCUGUGCUCUCAGACCUGGCAGGAGCUGGCACCCUCUGGCCACUGGCAACCCCAAGGGAUCUGCCAUUUGUUCUCAGAGAUGGCCUGGCUUCCGAAGCACAUUUCCGGGUGUGCCCAGAGGCAAGAGGGUUGGGUGGUUCUUUCCCAGCCUACAGAACAAUGGCCAUUCUGAGUGACCCUCAGAGUGGGUGUGUGGGUGGGUCUAGCGGGUGUCCCAGUAGGGGGCCCUUGGGGAGCCAGAGGAGGAUGGAAGUGGCCUCUAAGCCACUAGCACCCCUUAAGAAGAGCCUACCUGACUGACCUGGGGAGGGAACAUGGGGGUUCUGGGGAGGUAGAGCAGCAAUGCACCUCCCCUCCUGUGGUGCUGUGAUAUCUUGGUGGCUCCCUGCCACUGCCCACCACCUCUUCUCCAUCUGAGAAUCAUGGAGAGGCAUAGAGAAUCUAGAGGCAUAGACUGCUAGAGCCUCCGGGAUCUGGGGUGGUCAGGGCUCAGGCCUCACUUUGUAAACCAGGUGGGGCAUCUCACAGCCUGACUUCCCUUCCCCAGGCCAGGGUUGCCCGGACGCCUGCCCCUCCUGUGAGGACCCCCUCCCCACCGUCAGGCCAACCAUGCCCAUGAUCGGGGAGGGGUGGGUUCUGGGGCAUUGUUGCCCCUCCUGUCUGUGGACUAGAGGGAGGGCGGGGGAGCUGGGGAAGUGUGUGGGCGGGAGGAGUGGGCUGUCUUUCCCGGGGCGACACAAGUGCACCCUAGCCCUGGAGUCUGGGAAUGUGGAGGCUCUGUGAGCCCUGCAGUCCUCAGAAUCAGGGCCAGGCAUGCAGACCAUGGAGAGCGGCUGUGGAGAUGGGAGAGGGCAGGAGACCCUUAGGAUGGGCUGUGGGACCCAGGCAGGAGCAAGUGUCCACAAGGACUCAAGGUGGCAUCAAUUAGCUCAGAGGCCACCAGGAAGACCCAGCGUUUCUCUGGACAUUCAUGCCCACUCAUGGGCAUGGACAGCCUGAUAGUGGGGAGGGGGUCCUCUCAGGAGGGACUGGCAUCCCAGCAGGGGCAGGCUGGGGGAAGGGAAGUCAGGCUGUGAGAUCCCCCACCUGGUUUACAACGCAAGGCCUGAGCCCUACCCGGAGGCUGUAGCAGUUUAUGCCUCUUCUGAGCUAACCAGGAAGACCUGGAAUCUCAGUUUUGUGCUAAAUGGAUUUAGGAAGACUGCUUUUCUUUUAAGGGGGAACCAAGGUAGAGGAAAAAAGCGAAGACGCAUUGCCGAUUCUUGGGGGUGAACUCGGAUGGCAAGGACGCGUUCUGCCUGGGCGUGCAGGGGAGGUGUUUUGCCAUCAGCAGUUUCUCAGGCUGGGAGCACAGAGGGGAGGAGGAGGACUCAGUGAAAAGUUGUUCCCGGCCUGCACGGGAACACAUUCAUGACGCACAAAACUGACUGGAAGGAGCUGAGAGCGCUGGGUUUGAGAUUCCCUCCAUUAAAACAACCAAGACAAAGAAAGGAGGGGAAAAAUAAAAGAUGAAAAGCAAGACAGGCUUCCUGCCCCACUGAAACUCAAACCCAAACUGCCUUGGGUUUUACCUCCCCCCUACCCCUGGCACCUCCAGAGAACUGAGACCUGACAUAGCUCCCGCUUUUCUCCUUUGACUGGUAGUAAGUGAACCAGAAGCACCGAGAUUAACCUAACAUCCUGAGAAGCCUUCCUGCCUGCGGUGCUGUCUGCCGGGAGGUCAGCUGGUUAAGGCAGAGGAGGAGAGGAGGAAAUGAUAGAGGCUGAAGAACAGAAGGCAGGGGAGACAGACGGGAUUAAAGAGGGAGGAGAGAAUGCGGAGCUCCUGGAAAGGGUGUCAGAGCUGCAGCCAGCUUUGCCUUCUACCCUAGGGAGGCCAGAAAGAAUCAGCCAGUCCUCCGGGGCCUUUAGGCUGGACCCCGGCUUGGCAGGCUCUAGGCAGGGUCCUCUGAGAAGUUACCCCAGAAAAUGAAGAGAAGAGGAGCACAAGAUCCUCAACAGCUAACACUUGCACUUGGAAAAAGUGAACAGCUUCUGCCAACCCACUCCACCCAUGGUACUGUACCCUACUAACUCCUGGAAAAGCCUGUAUGUGCGAAUUCUGUUUUUGUAUUUGUAUGUUGAGAUGGGCCUUGUGGUUUCUCUGUCCUCAGAGCACAUUUCUUGUGAUUACUAUUGUUAUUUUUAUUAUUAUGCCUGCCCCUGAGCUCUGGUUGAGAAAAACUGAAUUUAUAAGGAAAGGGAUGAAGUUAAAAUUUACAUCACAUAAUUAUAUCAUUACUGUGUGUCUGUG